AUGAAUCAAGACACUAAACUAAAAUUUGCCGUUACUGACCCUGCCGACCUCUCGAAGUUUGACUACUCGGACGAUUAUGAGUGUGUUCCUGGCGAAUGGACGACGAUCUCUGUGGAAGUUCGCCAAGAAGAAGCAGACCCAUCUACGCUUCGAUUCACCAUGAAGAUGGGAGACACCCAACUUCAUUCCGGCACUUACGCUGCGACAGAGGAAUUGAAGAGCUACGAUCUCCAAGUUUUCGUUGGAAACCCCUGGGUAAAUUCCGCUACCGGCAUGCUCGUCCGAAAUUUCUACUACCAAACCUUCGAAGAAAUCCCAGUUUAA